AUGUCAUUACGACGUAAUAACUAUGUAAUUAAUGACCAAGAGUAUAAAAAAGACUUUUUGAAGCUUGGCUUUGUACCUUUGGCGUUUCCUGAAGUUAGCUUUACAUCACAUUCGUUACUUACCUUUUCGAAUUCAUUGGCUUUACCUCCUUUGC